AUGGUUCGAAUUUCCGAAAGCGAAAAACACAGAGGGGAGAAACACAGCCACAAAAAUGAUGACGAUUCCGCCUCAAACGAAAAUAGUGGUUAUGGAAAAUUUGAUCGUUAUGGGCAUCAUGGAGGCUAUGCUGGAGGGCGGUUUAUGGGAAGAGGAGGACGGACAUUUGGAGGUGGAAUUGGGGGAAGAGGAGGAUAUAUUGGAGGAAUGGGAAGAGGACGAUUUGGAGGAAGUAGAGGAGCGUAUAGAGGAACAAUGUGAGGAAAUUCGUUAAAUACCCCAAGGGAGGAGAAAAUAAGAAGAAAAAUAGACGAAAAAAUCCUUAAAAGUAUCAAAAAAUCCUUAAA